CUAGUACCUCUUUCUAGUCCCCUUCCCUUCUCAUCCCAAUCACCAAUCACUUCUCACGGUUCUGUGUCCCUUUCUCUCCCUUCAUUACAGCCAAAAUAUCAUUGAACGCAAUGCAAAGAUAACCAGACCCUCCACCCUUGGUGCUGCCACUAGUAGAAACUCCAUCCCACUACCACUCCUUUACUAGAUCCUAUCUCUCUCUCUCUCUCAUCAUCCCAGUAGUCUAUACCUAAAACAAUUAAAGAACAAGAAGAAGGAAGAAAGAAGAAGAGAUGAGCCACUCCAUCUCUUCCUACCACGACUUUACUAGUAUCUUGUACUCUCUCUCUCUCUCUCUCUCUCUCUCUUCACUCUUCAGUAGUCCAUACCUAAAUUAAAGAACGAUCGAGGAGGAGGAAGACACAAGAAGAUAUGAGUCACCCCAUCCCCCCUUACCGCUCCUUUACUAGGUCCUGUACGUACUCUCUCUCUCUUCACUCUGGAGUAGUCUGUACCUAAAUUAAAGAAAAUUGAAGGAGGAGGAAGACGAAAUUAAGAAGAUAUGAGCCGGUGCGUUCCCAGGUGGGACCUAGAUGAUCCUCCUAAUCCACCAACUCAUCUUCCCUUCGACAAUCUUCCGUCGCCCCCCACCUUCGUUCCCAUUUUUAGGUCGGACUACGAGGUGGCAGAGCUGACGUGGGAGAACGGCCACCCCGCCUUGCACGGCCUCGGCCACUCCCGUAUCCAGAAACCCAUCCCACAGUACGCCUCCUCCUCCUCCUCCUCCGUCGCCGCCGCCGCCGAGUGGGAGAAGCAGCGGCCGAGCGGCACCCUCGAGGCCGUCGUGGACCAGGCCACCCGCGCCCAGCUCCUCCGCCCGACCCCAUCUCCGGACCUGGCGGCCUGGCUCGCGGGGGCCCACCCCCAACGGUCCUCCCCAGGCGUGAUGUACGCCCUCGUCCCCUGCGCCGCCGCCCCCAGCGACGAUCUCGGCGACCCGGGGGGGAUCGGGAGGAAGCGGGCGAGGGUCGGCGACGGCGGGCGGGUGUGUGCAAGCCAGGGGAGCGCGGCGGCGCCCGGGGCGGGGAGAGCAAGGGACAGCACGCUCGUGACUCUGGACACGCGCGGGGAAGACGACGUGGGGUUCACCAACACCAACACCAACACCAACACCACCGCCGCCAACUCCGCAUCGCCGGAGACGGAGAACACCAGCUUCGGCGGCGGUGGAGGAGGAAGAGGGAGGCUGCUGGCCUCUGAUGAUCGCGACUCCGUCUGCCUCAGCCGCCGCUCCCAGCUGGACGUUGCAUGCGACGAUGACGAGAAGGCAAGAACAGGGAGUGCGGAGAGGGCUUCUACGUCCGCCAGAAGGAGCAGAGCUGCCGCCGUUCAUAACCAGUCCGAACGUAAAAGAAGGGAUAGGAUCAACCAAAGAAUGAAGAUCUUACAGAAACUGGUUCCAAACUCAAGCAAGACGGAUAAAGCAUCUAUGUUGGAUGAGGUAAUUGAAUAUCUGAAGCAGCUGCAAGCCCAAGUUGACAUGAUGAACAGGAUGAGUACCAUGAUGAUGCCGAUGACCAUGCCGCAACUCCAGAUAUCCAUGAUGGCCCAAUUGGCUCAGAUGGGCAUGGGUAUGGGCAUGGGCAUGAUGGACCUCAACUCUCUCAAUAGGCCUAGCUAUGCUGGCUUACCUCCAGUCCUCCACCCCUCUGCCUUCCUUCCUCCCCCGUCGGCCUCUUGGGAUGCCUCUGGUGAUCGAAUGCAGCAACCUGGUGGCACUGUCGUCCCCGAUCCCUUCUCGGCCUUCCUUGCUUAUCAAACAACACAGGAAAAGAGAUUGCGUCCCGUCAUGAGGUAUUGUUUGUUUUGGAGAAACCCCCCGCCUUUGCACGAUGGAAGAUACCCCUCACGGUUUUGUCCAAGAGACGCCUCGCGAGAGAAAGGCAACCAGCGAGCGCGGAGGCAUACAACAGGAUGGCCACCCUGUAUCAACAAUUAUAUCAGCAGCCUCCACAAGGCAAUCCCAAGCCUUAGCCCAUCUUAUGUGAAUAUUUCAGUUGUCUGCUUUCACUUAAUUAUAGUCAUUGAGACUUUUAGCUUGACAAAGGGGUGGCAGCCGGACAUGCGACCACAAGUGUAUAUAAGGGAAGGGCAUCAACCACGUCGGCAUCUUUGUCAUCACAAAUCCAUAUGUGGCGGUCUGGCUCGGAUUUGUGUGGCAUGAACGCCGGCAGCUAUUUCAACGCCGUAUUUAAGCUGAUAUUGGUAGGAGAAACUAAUGAUUUGGGGGUCGGGUGGGAACGAAACAUGGCUACUUGUCACGUAGAUGUACUACUGAUCCUCAUUCCAACCACACAAUCGUACCCAAAGGUUAUCAUAAUAAAUUAUGGUCAGCAAAGCAAAUACCAUAACUUUUGGACCCACAAUAUUUAGCAUUAAUGGAUGGUAAGAACAGUAAGCUUUCGCUUGAUGCGAAGCUGACCUCUAGAUACUCACUUCAGUAUAAACGCCUAUAGCAUUCAGAGGAUGGGUUCUUCUGGGGAUUUUUUAGCAUGUAUCGCAACAUCAAGUUGGCCAAUCAAGAAAAUCUUGUACUCUUGUUGCUCACCAGAGCCAACAACAUUGUUGUACCAUGAUGGAAAAUUUGGAUCUCUUUGGCCGGAGAGAUCUUUUCCUUACAGCAACCUAAUUAUGAGUAGGAACAAAUUAACAUCAUCGGCCACCUGUCUCCUUGCUCAGCUCUUGGAUAAGGGGUCUAAGAUGCCACUACAUGAAGAUAGAGAAGGAAGAAGAAAGUGCAAAGUGACAUUUGAAAUCGCUGAAUCGAUAGUCUUGGACACAAUGAGCCGAGUUAGCUGCAUUUUGACAUGUUGAUCCCAAAACAAAUCUGAAUUUCAUUUUAAAUUAGAUCAAAA